AUGAAGUGGCUGGCCUUGUUUUUUGCCCUGGUGUCGUCCACUAGGUCGACUCUGGUUUCUGAUGUCAACGGCGCCUUUCAACGCACGCCAUUGCUUGGACAGACAGUCAAUUUGACUGCAUUGGUGACCGCAAAGGUGCGAAAUGGUUAUAAAGAUCAACAAGGCCAUAACCUCUUCCUUAGGGUUCCUCGGGUUUCUAUUUUGCGCGGUGAACCUGUCGAUGAUAAGAGAGUAUCGUAUGGGUUGUUUGUGUACACUACGAGCAACACCACUCUAGCACAAGUUACUCCUGGAGAUAUCGUCAGUCUCACAGGAAAGGUUGCGGAAUAUCGACCAGCUGCUAACCCCGACUACCUGUUAUUGACCGAGAUAACAUCACCCGCCAACAUCCACCGUCUUUCGUCCAACAACACAUUUGAGCCCAUUGUGAUAGGAAAGGAUCGUGUCCCGCCUACGCAGUUCUUCUCCCCCGCUGGAUUCAACGGAAGUCUCCAGCCAGACAAAUAUGGCAUCGACUUCUGGCAGUCCCUGCAAGGGCAGCUUGUGUCUAUCCCCAGUCCGGUCGCAAUCAACUACCCCAAUUCCUUCAGCGAGGUCUGGGUCCAUGGUGACUGGCCAGUCACAGGCAAAAACUCGAGAGGCGGUUUGACCAUGACGUUCGGGGCGGACGGGACUCCAGAUGCGAACCCCGAGGCAGUCCUUCUCGGUAAGCCGCUUGAUGGAACGAAAAAUCCCAAGGUGGCUAUUGGCACAACUCUUUCUGAUAUUGUUGGGGUGGUGACAUAUCAGUUUGGAUGGUACUAUGUUCUCCCGCUAACAGCACCAACCGUUCUCUUCCAACCCAAGUUUUGA